AUGUCCUGGCUUCGAGGAGGGGCACAGGAAUGGAACAACCAGUUCAGGGACACGCUGAACAGGGCAGCAAAUUCUGUGCAACGAUUUGCUGAACAGGCAGAGCUGCAGCAACUGGGAGAGCAGUUCCUCGCCCAAGCGCAGACCUUGGCCGAGCAGGGCGAGGCAGCUUUAAGCAAUGUUGCAGACAAGGUGACUGGCGGUGUGUCCUCCUUGGGCUUGUCAUCCUCAGAGGGUCUCCAGGAGUCUCGUGAGGAUCUGGUCCACAGGUUCGUCAGAGAAGCCAAGCACUUGGAACCCCCAGGCGGCAGCCGGCUGCUGGUGGCAGACGUGGCCCAGGUCCUCCGCGCCUGGAAGGCAGCGCAGUGCAGCUCCAGCUCCAGCUGUGGUCACGUGUUCUUUUCGUGUUCCCAUCUAGCUUGA